CUGUCUCUCAGAGCAUAUUUAUUUCCUCUUUGUCAGAAUGGAUCCCUUCAGCUUUGGGGACCCCAUGAGUUAUGCCGAGUUCUUGAGAGGGCAAGGGAAUCAAGACUUCAAAAAUGGAAACUAUGCUCUUGCCAUCAGAAAGUAUGACGAAGCACUAAACAUACUGGUCUAUUUACACAAAGCAGUAAGUUUUUCCCAACGGCGAGAAGUGGCAGUUUUACUCUGCAACCGAUCAAAUGCCUUUUACAACUUAAAUAAAUGGAGAGAAGCCUUCUGCUCAGCAAGACAGAGUCUCCAGUGGGAUCCAGCUUACGUUAAGGGGUACUAUAGAGCUGGCUACUCCCUGAUUAAAUUGAGACAGCCUCUCGAUGCUGUUAAAACGUUUUAUCAAGGUUUAGACUAUCUCCAUGGUUCAUCAGAUGUGGCUCAAAUUUCUGAUUUUAUAGUCGGUAUCUUCUCAAGCGUUAACGAUGAAAGGACUAUUACCCCACAUUUAUUAUCCGUCUGUAAAAAAAUUGUGAGCGAUAAUUUCACGCCACCAAUUUGGCGACAGGUGAUUGAAAAGCUGGCCAGAAAAGGACUGUGGCAGUCUUGCCUAGUGUUGGCUGCAGAGAAAGACCGGUUGCCAAGGAAUCUGCAAGUGACCAAUUUAUCACUAAGAGAGCUGUUUGAGAAAUAUGUUCUCUUUGGCCAGUAUGAAAAAAUGGAAAGGGUGCCCAAACUGGUGGAGUGGCUUGUCUCCCUCGGAGCAAAUAUAAGAAGUGUUGGAACCUAUCCUCUUCAUGCUAUCAUCAUGCUUUGUAUCAAAGCAAAUGCAAACUACCUUUUCAGUUGGUUAUUGAAUUAUAAGCCUGAACUGAAGGAUCUUAUCAACCAGCAAAAUGAAGAGGGGGCCACAGUUCUCCACAUUGUAGCAUCUCAUUCAGCUGGCUAUCCUAUGAAAAAUCUGAUAGAAAACGUGGUGAUGCUUCUGAACGCUGGGGUGGAUCCAAAGAUCUGUGAUGCCCAGUCAAGGUCUGCUAUGGAUAUCUUGAAAAAACACAAGAAGUUCAGGGUUAUAGAUCUAAUCAGCAAGCACAUGGAAAGUUUUAAUCUACACCGGGAUGAGUCACCAGAGCAGACUGAAUGCACAGGCCCUGCAGACAGCGUUGCCUUGCUUCAUGAUGCUUUUGAGCAGUUUGUGAGGUUUUGUCGUUCGGAAAACAGAGUGCAUAACAUCGGUGUAUUGAGGCAUGAAAAAGUUCAGAGGCUUCUGAACCUGCUGAAUUCAAUAAGAGAAAUUCCUGAAGAAAUAGUUUGUGACAUUCCUCCUGCGUGCGCCAGCAGCUUCAUAAAGCUGUUGCUGGAGAAGCAAAGGUGGCAUGAAGUUAUGCUGCUGCUGACCCGAAAAACCACAGGGAAUAUGACACUGGGAGACGGCCUUAUUAAGAACUGCAAUCUGUCGGACGUUGACAUUGGCACUGUCUUGAAAGACAUGGACAGGUCAGAUGGGCGACGGCUGCAUCUCGUGAGAUGCUUGAUGCAGAGGGGAGUGUCACCUGAGGGGAGUAGAUCAAGCCAUGAAAAACCACUUCAGAAAUGUUUAAAGAGCAAUGAUUUUGAGCUGGCAUGUGUGCUCCUGAGCUCGGGUGCAAAUCCACACCAUAUAUCCAUGGCAGAAGGCGAUACCCCUUUACAUGCUGCGUUGUCCAUUUAUUUUGAUAAGAAAGACGAGAAUGGCUUACAUUUAUUGAGUCACCUUCUAGACUUGUACGAUUCAGAUCCGUCUAAAUUUUCGUAUCUUAGUCCCAAUAGGCGAGACAAGAAUGGGGACACGGUCAUGCACAUUAUUUUUCAGAAAAACUUAACAAAGCAUGUUAAGAAAAUGUUAGGCUGGCUUGCAAAGUUUGAAAUUAACUUGAAUUUAAAAAAUAAAUCUGGCAGAGAUGUGCGUCACAGAAUAAAAAAAACGGAUCCGAUGCUUAUAGCUUGGAAUGAAGCUGUCGCUGAGAACAAGAAGAGGUCCCGACACGACGCAGCAGGACAUCAAACUAAAAUACCAAAAUCCACUUCAGCUUGCGGCAAGUCAGAGCCCCCAAAUUCAACCCAUUCUUCAGCUGCACAGUCAUCCAAAAUGCUGCCUGAAGAACUCCCGUCAGACACAGAACGUAAUCUAUGGGAAGAAGAAGAGGCAGAAGUUGCUGGAGUUCAAAGCUCAUCUUUCAGAGAUACCAAUAAGCCAUUGACUCUGCGAGAUUGCCUUGUACAAGCAAUCACACAGUUAAUCCAAAAACUCGCACUGAAUGAAGUCUCAACAAAAGAGAACUCCGUGGCACCCCAAGUACCAAAGCAGCCACCUUCCAUGACUAGGAUUGCAGAUGACAAGAGUGAAUAUCGGCAGGUGUGCGCCCAUGAGGCCUAUAAUGCUUGCCCAGACCAAGAUGAAUUGGGGGAGAAGGUGCAGAAUGAGCUUGAGGAGGCCAAAGCAGAAGAGGAAGAAGACGCCGAAGUCAAUCGACAGCUUCAGGAAAUUGAGAUGUGCCUUCAGGACUUUGAUAAUAUGACAUGGGAAAUUGAGUGCACCUCUGAGGUGCUUAAGAAAUUAGAAGACAAAAGCUUCCCUCACCAUAUGAAGAAGAAAGUAGUAUUGGCAAUUCAGCAGCUAGGAAACGGUGAAUGGACCAAAAGUUUACAAAAGAGGCUGAAACAUUUGAAAGGCGACAUUCAGCUCUACGAGGCAAAGUUGGACAAAGGGGCCAGGCUGCUUUGGGAGCUUGCCAUAGACUUUUCUCCUCGCUGUAGCGAGGCUGCGGAAAAGAUAAUAGAGAAUGAGAAUUCCACGCAUCCCACAGAAAAAACUGGGAGGGUUUACACAGAAAUCAUCAGGAUAUGGGACAUUGUGCUUGAUCACUGCAAACUCAACCGAGCCAUUGACCGCGCUAUCGACCGUGCUGUUGAUCUUGCUGCUGACCGUGCCGCUGUUAAACAAGCUGUUAAACUUGCUGCUGACAAGAUAUGUAAAGCAUACAAUCGUGGUCUGUCCUGUAUUUUGAGGAAAAAGCUUAAAGGUAUCAACGCAACUCCGAUUUCUUCUAACUUGAAUAUACAAAAGCGCAUUCCUCGCAUAUAUGUUGAAGAUACUAAGCCAGAAAAGUUGAAAGAUCAUGCCCUGCCUGAAUACUUUCCCCCAGCUAGUGCGGUGGAAACCGAAUACAACAUCAUGAAAUUUCACAGUUUCAGUACUAACAUGGCACUUAAUAUCAUCAGUGACAUGACCACUGCUGUUGAAUACCCCUUCAGAGUGGGCGAGUUGGAAUAUGCAGUCAUUGACUUGAACCCCAGACCGUUGGAGCCAAUCAUCUUAAUUGGACGGAGUGGAACUGGGAAGACUACUUGCUGCUUGUACAGGCUUUGGAAAAAGUUUUAUUCUUACUGGGAGAAAGCUGAGUUGGCAGGAGGUCCCUUGCUGGUCAGACAGAUGUGGCACAGAUUGAAAUUUAAUAUGCAUUUUGAAAACAGCACUGAGGAGGAAGAUAGUGAAAAGCAAGAUGGCAGCGACCCCACUGAUUCAUCUGAACUGGAAACAUCUCUAAGUACAGAUGAGCAAGAGCAGGAUGAAGAUGAACAGGGUUCAAAUCUAGGAGACCCAGAAAUGAAUUUAGGGUAUGACUCUGAUGAGGAACAUGCUGCAGAAGAAACUGACAAACUGGAACACUUGCAUCAGAUCUUUGUUACUAAAAACCAUGUUCUGUGCCAAGAAGUUCAGAGGAACUUCAUAGAGCUUAGCAAGUCUUCAAAGGCAACUAGUCAUUUCAAGCCCCUUGAACCAAAUGUUCACCGACUUCAGGAUGUUAAAGACGAAAACUUUCCUCUCUUCCUCACAUCCAGACAAUUGCUGCUCUUCCUUGAUGCCUCUAUGCCUGAACCAUUUUUUCUGAGAAAUGAAGACGGAAGUCUUAAGCACACCAUUGCUGGAUGGUCUACUAAAGAAGAUCUCGCCAUCUCAAAUUGGCAGGAGGAAGAGGAAGACGUUGACGUAGAUUGUGAUGAGGAUGAAAAGGUUGCAGAAGUCCAUAUUAGAGAGAGUGAUCCUCGAGUCUUUGUGACUUACGGUAUAUUUGCUAAUGAAAUCUGGCCCAAAAUGGUAAAAGGCAAAUGUCCCUACAACCCAGCGUUAGUUUGGAAAGAAAUAAAAUCUUUCUUGAAAGGGUCUUUUGAGGCUUUAAGCAGCCACCAAGGCAUACUUACAGAAGAGGAAUACAAAAAACUAGGACGGAAGAGGUCCCCAAACUUCAAAGAAGACCGUAGCGAAAUUUAUCAGCUCUUUGUCCUUUACCAACAAAUAAGAUCACAAGGAAAUUAUUUUGAUGAAGAAGAUGUCUUGCACAAAUUGUCUCAAAGACUCUUAAAGCUCAAUGAUCUACCAUGGUGCAUCCAUGAGCUUUAUGGGGACGAAAUUCAGGAUUUCACCCAGGCAGAGCUAGCACUGUUAAUGAAAUGCAUUGAUGACCCGAAUGCGAUGUUCCUGGCUGGCGACACAGCACAGAGCAUUAUGCAAGGAGUUGCUUUUCGUUUCAGUGACUUGAAAUCACUUUUCCACUAUGCCAGCAAAAAUUCUGCUGACAAGAAACAGAGUAUUGUUAGAAAACCAAAAAGGAUAUACCAGCUUUAUCAGAACUACAGAUCUCAUUCAGGUAUUCUCCACUUGGCCUCGGGAGUUGUUGACUUGCUUCAGUACUAUUUCCCAGAAUCCUUUGAUCGUCUUCCUAGGGAUUCAGGUCUCUUUGAUGGGCCCAAACCCACCGUCUUGGAAUCUUGCAGUGUUAGCGAUCUGGCAAUUCUGCUGAGAGGCAACAAAAGAAAAACACAGCCGAUAGAGUUUGGAGCGCAUCAGGUGAUUCUUGUAGCAAAUGAAAUAGCAAAGGAAAAGAUCCCCGAGGAACUUAGUUUAGCUCUUGUGCUAACAAUUUACGAAGCAAAAGGCUUGGAAUUUGAUGAUGUGCUCCUUUACAACUUUUUCACAGAUUCAGAGGCUUACAAAGAGUGGAAAAUAAUUUCUUCUUUCAAACCUCCCUCUCCUUUACCUGAAGAAACCAAAAUGGUCAUUGAAACGCCCUUGGAGAAAUUUGCUGAUGCUCAAAGAAAACUUCCUGUUCUGAAUCCAGAAAUGUACAAGAUGCUUAAUGGAGAGCUAAAGCAGUUAUAUACUGCUAUUACAAGGGCCAGAGUCAAUCUGUGGAUAUUUGACGAAAACAGUGACAGGCGUGCACCUGCAUUUCGAUAUUUCAUCAAGCGAGAACUCGUUCAGGUUGUCAAAACAGAGGAAGAUAAAGAUUUUGAUGACAGCAUGUUUGUUAAAACCUCAACUCCAGAAGAAUGGAUUGCGCAAGGAGAAUAUUAUGCAAAGCAUCAGUGUUGGAAGGUGGCUGCUAAAUGCUAUCAAAAAGGAGGAGCAACCGAGAAGGAAAAACUAGCCUUGGCACAUGACGCUGUGCUUAAAGUACAGUCAAAGAAAAUGAACCCCAGAGAGAAGCAAAUGGAAUAUAUGGAACUGGCUAAAACUUAUCUAGAAUGUGAUGAACCAAAUUUGGCUCUCAAAUGUCUAAUCCAUGCCAAAGAGUACCAGCUUUGUGCACAACUUUAUGAAAAAUUAGGAAAGGUGAAAGAAGCGGCAUAUUACUAUAAAAGAGGACAAUACUACAAAGAUGCAUACAGAUGUUUUGAGCAGAUGCAAGAGUUUGAUCUAGCGCUUAAAAUGUGUUGCCAUGAGGAGCUGUAUGAAGAAGCAGCAAAAUCUGUUGAAAGAUAUCAAAAGAUGAUGAGAAAAGAAGGACUGCCACUUUCCAAACUUUCAUACACAGCAAACCAGUUUUAUUUAGAAGCUGCUGCCAAGUACCUGCGCACAAACAAGAUGAGUGAAAUGAAGGAGGUGCUGUCUCACCUUGACACCGAAGACCAGCUUGUGUUUUUGAAAACGCACAAAUGCUUUGCUGAAGCUGCUGACCUGCUGAAGAGGGAAGGCAAAGAUGAAGAAGCGGCAAAGCUGAUGAUGCAACAUGGCUUUGUACUGGAAGCAGCCAAGCUCACUAACCAAAAAGAGUUCCGAGCAUCAUGUCUGCUUGCUGCGGCCCGCCUUAGUGUGGCAGGCAUUUGUAAGGUGGAGAACGUGAGAGACAUCUUGAGCGAAGCCUUAGAUCUGUUUGAGCGAACAGACCAAAAGUCUGGUAGCGCAGAGGCUACCUAUUUGAUAGGACUUUUAGAGAAAGACUUCUAUAUGUUGGAGAAGGCCUCUGGAAUGUUUUUGCGUGUGAAUCACAAUGCUGGCGCUGUGGAAGCUCUGUUUGGAGCAACAAGCUGUGAUGUCAACUGUGAGGCCAUCUUGGGAUUAACAUCCUAUGGAAUCGAAGCCCUCCUAAAUCUGGUCAAAGCUUUCAAAAAAGCAGGCACCAACGCCGAGAAGGAAAUGGUGAAGUCGUGUUUUGAAUACUUUGGAAUUGUCCUGAUAGACGGGAAAAGUUGUCAGGUCUCCCAGAAUGAAGCGGGCUGUAUUCUAGAACAUUUGUCCGAAAAUUACAAACAGAGAGAAAAGAGAACAAGUGAUAAGCUCAGUGUAAGCCUGGAAGAGGUGAAAUUUGCACUGAAUAAACAUUUGUUGAAUAGGCUUACUGCCAUUAUUCACCAUUUACAUGGUCUGAGCUUCCCAAAUAUUUGCACAAAGUUUAUUGCCGGCUUGAAGUGUGAGGACGAAACCUGUGAGGACUUCCAUAGCUCCCUGUCACGUCAUGAGAUAAAAUCUAUAUUUCAGUGUAAAAUGCACCUGGCUGCAAUAAAUGGGCUACUGUUAGAAGCCAAGCAAGUGUUCCCAAAAGAUUUGCUUCAUGAACCCAAUGCCAUUGAUGAGCUGUUGACCCCUGAUAAGUAUGCACUGUGCAAAUCUCUUAUCAAUGCUAUAUUUCCCAAGCAUUUCCACCUGAGGAUGGUGUCCGAAAAUCCAAAAGCAUGCAAACAGAUCCUGAGCCAUUAUUGCUUUAGCCAUAAAAAUUCUAAUCCUUGCAGGGCAGUUCUGAGAGAAUGCAUCCGGUCCGAAUUUACAAAUGAGACGGCCCAGAACAGGAGAGAAUCGACGGAUCUGUGGCUGAGAAUGAUGCAGGUCUUUGCCUUUACUUCCACUUACCCCGCAGAGUUUGAUAGACUCCUUUCCAAAGAAGAAGAUGACUAUAAUAGAGAACUGAAGGUGGCAGAUGAAAGGGGGAGAGGGAGAGCCAAAGGCAUAGAGGGCAGAUAUGGAAUGCUGCUACCUGAUAAAUAUGCGGGCAAUGCUGAGAGCACAUACUUGUGUUUCAUCAGACUCUUGCAGGAAUCCAUGGACCAACUCUACAUUCACAGAAACCUUGAGCGGUGCAGGUGGUUUUUUUAUCGUUUCAUGAAUGUCUUGGUGAAGAAAUGCGUUGACCCUUUAAUUCCAAGCAUAGGGAACACUGUGGCUUUGCUGGAAUUUCAGUUCAUCCUGUGUUGUGCUGUCCUCAUGCGCCUCUGCAAAACCAUGACUCUCUGCCUCCCCAAGAGUUAUAUUGCCCUCUUCCAUUACUGGGACUAUUUAUUUGCAAGAGGGGACCGAUGUAAAGACGCCUUCACCUUUUCUGUCAUACAAGAGUAUAAGCCACAGGACACGAAGCAAGCCAUAAAGGAAUUUAAGGUUCACCUGAGAUAUUUAGCCAAUGUUCUGUGUGGGAAUGAAAACUUCAAUGUACUCUUUGAUGCUUUUGGUGACCUUGGCUUCAUCAUGUCUGGGGAAGCUGAGCGCACUGUGGUGCUUUGCUUAGUGAUGUUGGUGAAUGCUGAUCAGGUGCUUGGUUGGAAAUAUAAAUAUAUUUUAGCCAAAAUUUUUCCCACCCUCCGAGAAUUCCUUGCAGAACUGAAAAGGGACUACCCUUCCAAAGUGCCCGAAAGAUUGAUUAAGAUUGUGGAUCUGAUGAGUGAGACUUCCAAUGUUAAAGAAGUAGUCGAUGGCCUCAAGGAGCUGCUGCUUUGUCGAGAUACAGAGUAUUUAGCAGACUGUUGCUGGAGGUGGGACCCUAAAGGAACGAGGGUUACUAAGUAUGAGAACAACAAACCUGUCAGAGGUAUCUACUUUGAGGUUGCCGACUUGGACAGAUUUGCAUAUCUGAGCCAGGCAAGGAAUUUCGAAGAGGCAGAAAUAGAUCUUGAAAAGGACAUGUACAUCGAAGAGAGAGAAGACCCAUUAGCCAAUAUAGCAUCGUUAAGGCAGCAGAAGCAACAGCAAAAAGCUUCUGCCAAGCGGAAGCUGCGGGGCCUUUUCCUGUUUGUCUACUGUUGCAUUAGAUGGAAAAGGAUUUCCUCUUCAAAGCAAGAAUCCCCCGAUAUGGCACUGGGAGUCUUCAAAAAAGCAGACGUUGACCCAACACAGUGUGACCUUUGUGGAGUCAAAUUUCUCCAAAGGCCUGCAAACUUUGCUGCUCAGACAGAACCUUCUGAAAAAGAACCCACAGAAGUGGCAACACCAACGGAGGCAGACUGGGAAGAGAACAUGGACAGAAAUGAAAUUUUUGCCGCUGGAGAAACGUUUGAAAAUCACAUCAUGCUGGACGAACAUGGAAAUAAUUUUGCCUCUUACCAGAGGUAUUUUGAGUUUUUCAGAAUUAAUGUGGAGCCAUUAAUCCGAAAGGGGAUGGAUGUGAUGGAAAGUAUUGCCGAUAACACGUGCAUCAAAGGCCACUUUGCAUCCAAUGAGCAGUCUAACCACAUGCAAAGUAGAAUCCAAGCGGCUAUUAAGAAGAUUUCUGAUAUGGUGGAGGACAUCUAUAGGAGAAAGGCAUGGGCUGAUGCUGAAGAAACCAUGUCCAAGUUGGCUAGCAAUUUGAAUUCUAAUGUAGACAAAGCUUCUAAUUGGCUGAAGGAAACGGAGUCCCGCCUACUAAAGGAGGAAGAAUUUGACCAUGACAAAGACUUGGACAGUGAAGUGAAAUGCGAAAAGGACACUUUUGAAGAGCUGCACCCUAAGAAGCCCUCAAGAAAGAUGAUGAAGAGAAGAAGAAAAUAAUUAAUUCUUUUUUU